AUGCGACAGUCUAAACAAAGAGUUCUCAUCUCCUCACAGUACGAACAAAAGAUAGAUCGCAUCGAGAAUCGCCUGGAGGGUAUCGAACAGCUCUUGCGUAGGGCCUUUGAUGAACAACCUAUUACCAACAAUGUCCCAAGACCUCCCGAAUCGUUACCUACAGACUCUUUCAACGCCUCCCAGGACUUUGCAGACAGCAGUAGAAAUGGGCCAAGUUAUACCGACUCAGAGACGGCCUUGGAGGGAAGCAGCUCCUUGAAAGCUGCUACGGUGUACGCGAGCGACUUCUUUCAGACGGUUCUCGGGCAAUCUCCAGCCACUGAUAAAAGCACGCGUGUGAAUGCUGCGUUGUCAUCGCUGAAGCAAAUGAUUGAGAUUAAUAGCUACCGGUCGAUGGGCGAUCGUAUACCGAGUCGAAGAGAGACCCAGAACGAUGGAAUAAGGGACUUGGCAAUGCCACCUCUACAGUCCGUUCUAGCGAUUCUGCGAGAAUUGAAAGAAACAAAGCUAGCUACACUGACGAUAGUUAGUCUCUUCAUCUCCAAGGACAGGUUAAUCGAUUGUUGCCGCGAGAUAUACUUUGCAGUUGAUAAUUUCUCACUUCCGACAUUCUUGAUAGCAAACGCAACCCUCCGUUACCUGUUUCAGGAGAAGGUUCAAGCAUCGCAGAAUCCAUUAUUUCGCGAGGAGUAUCGAAAACUGUCUCAACUAUGUCGAGAUAACCUCGAGACAGCGAUGAAUAAAUUCAGCGUCCUCGCACCACCCAGCCUGGAGAACGUAGAGGCUUUUCUUCUGGGGGCCAUCUAUGCCAUCGAGGUGUCACAACCAAUGCUCGCUUGGCAGCUUGUAUCUAGCGCAGCAGGGACUUGUCAGACUCUUGGCUGGCAUCAACUCGUUCCUCACAGCGAUAGCACCACCGACCGAAAGAUCUCCCUCUUCUGGCUCACUUAUCUCCUCGAUAAGGGUCUCUCAUUACGCCUCGGACGACCAGCUGCAAUACACGAUGCCGAGAUCACGCUACCAGAAUGCCUAGACAAGGCUGAUGUACCCAGCGGAUGGAGAGAUUUGCUUACCCAAUGGAUCCGUCAUUCUCGACUUGUUGGUAGGGCCUAUCAGGAUCUGUACAGUCCAUCUGCUCUUCGAACGUCCACACAGGAACGUGGUGAGCGUGCAAGAAGCCUGAUUGCAGCACUAAAACAAAUCAUGGAUGACUCUUUGAUGCCACUUGGACAGGCACAUCUGAUGGAACGCAACACUGUGGACUUUGGAUCCGCGCCUGAUAGAAUGAUCAAGACGGUUCUGAAGGCUGAUGAGGUAUGGUACUGGACGACUCUGACGUUUAUACGCAGGGCUGUUCCCUCAACUGAAAGUGGGCAUGGUGCAGUUAGCCCUGCGUGUCUGGAAUCUGCCAGGAUGGCGUUUGAAGCUCAUGGGGAAUGCAUGAGGAUGACUGACCCGAGCUCUGAGACAAAGGCUUUAUAUCUCCUAUGGACGAUCAUAUACACCCCAUUUGUGCCUCUCAUCGUGGUUUUCUGUAAUGUCAUCGAGACCUCUAACCCAGCAGACAUUCGUAUACUAGGAGAGUUUUGCGAAUCACUCAAGCCGCUUUGCGGUACAUUCGAGGCUAUACAAGAGCUACACGAUCUUUGUCAAGUGUUGUACAACCUGGCGAUCUCAUACGUUGAAGCGAAAACCCAAAGCCAAGGCGGUCUCGAUAAAAUGGCCGAAGUUGGGUUUAGCGCCCAGCCGAGUGGCACGCAAGGGGCGAUGUCGUUUAGUAGCAGCUACUAUGAUGCUUUUUCUACGGGGUCGAGCAUACCGAUGCCCCAGCUGAAUAGCCAUGUUUCUCAGGUUAGAGACUGGAUUUCGGGGAAUAUGCAGUGGAUGGAUGUGUCACAAGAGGACUUCUCUGAAUUCUUGGCACAACUAUCGUAG